AUGCCAGUUGAUAGCGAACAACUCGGCAUAUCAAUUAUUGGAGAACGACCAUGCUUAUUGAAAAUCGUUAAGAAUAGUACAGCAAAUAAAGUUGGAAUUCAGGACAAUGCUAUUCUUAUCGCUAUUAAUGGCAAAAAUGUGGAAAAUUUAUCACAUAUCGAUGUUAUUGAAAUAUUAACAAAUUUAGGCUCAAAAGCCGAUACACUGGCAAUAACGUUUAGGAAAAAUAAAUUGUUGAUUUCUACUCCGAUGAAAAUGAACGAUUCAGUUCAGUUAAAUGGUUUUUGUUCUUCAAAUUCGUCGAGUAAGUUUUUUAAAAUGGUAUUGCAAAUUGUAAAGCAUAAUAAUAAUGAAAAAUCAACAAAAUUAAUAGAUCAACAAAUGAUUCAAAAGCAUUUAUUUUAUCAGUGUUUUUUAACGUUCAUUGGAAGAAUAUCGUUAAAAUGCAAUAAUCAUCCUUCACUGUUAAUUAACGAAGCUAUUGAAAAACUUAAAAAAAAUGAACCGUUCACCGUUCAAACAGUUCUUCUUCAAAUAUAUUUUGAUAUCAUUCUUGUAACCAAUUCCAAGAAAUCAAUCAUUCUUCAGUUUGCCGCAAGCGAUAUUCAAUACGCUGUUGUUUCUCCUGAAAAUCAGCAAUAUUUAGGAAUUUUUCUGAAAACUAAUUAUUCGGAUGAAAUUUCAUGUUCGCUAUUUGCUAUUGACGAGCAAUUAUUAUUUCAUUGUUUUCACGAGAAAUAUACGAAACGACAUGGCCUUAAAUGCUCUGUGGUCAACGUAAAUUUUUCAUCACCAUUUAAUGCAUGCGAUAAAUUUCCUCAUUCGGCUGUCACCGUGCUUCGCCAUAUGCGCCGUAUGAAACCACCAAUAAUGGUUUUUGCACAAAAUUUGCGAGCUUUUACGAAAAUUCGUGAACCUCAAAUGAAUGACGCUUCUGGUUCAUCCAGUGCUGAUGAUCCACCUUUAUCCAUGAAAGUCAACAAUUCUUCAACUAGAUUUUCCAUGAAAGAUCUUUUUAAACAUUCACAAUCGUAUUCAAUUCAAAGCGAUAGCGAAAUUGGUGAAGUACCAAAAAAAAUUGAACAAUCAGAAUUUCAGAAUUAUAUUGGUGUCCAUAAAAAAUAUGAAGAAAAUCAAGCGAAACAAACCUAUGAUAGCAAUAAUUAUGAAAUAAACGACAGUGAAAAAGUUAUUAAUAAUGAUCGAAGUCAAGGAAUUAAUUUCAAGUCAAGUUUUGAUGAGAUUUGCGCUUCGGUUAAAGAAAAGCAUCCGGAAUUCGAUGCCUAUUUUUGUCUCUUAAAUUUUACUAAAAAUGAGCUCAAGAAAGAGGUGAUAUUAAUUCCAAGGCGCUCUUUAGCGAAAGUCUCACUUAAAUGA